AUGGAGACAUGGGCGAAACAGUCAUCCACAAAUGACUUCAUCCUCUUGGGCAUCUUCUCCCACAGUACUGCUGACCUUGUCCUCUUCUCUGUGGUUAUGGUGGUCUUCACAGUGGCCCUCUGUGGGAAUAUCCUCCUCAUCUUCCUCAUCUACAUGGAUCCUCAACUUCACACCCCCAUGUACUUCUUCCUCAGCCAGAUCUCCCUCAUGGACCUCAUGUUGGUCUGUACCAAUGUGCCAAAGAUGGCGGCCAACUUCCUGUCUGGUAGGAAGUCCAUCUCCCUUGUGCGCUGUGGCAUACAAAUUGGCCUCUUUGUCUGUCUUGUAAGAUCCAAGGGGCUCUUGCUAGGACUCAUGGCUUAUGACCACUAUGUGGCCAUUAGCCACCCACUUCACUAUCCCAUCCUUAUGAAUCAGAGGGUCUGUCUCCAAAUUACUGGGAGCUCCUGGGCCUUUGGGAUAACAGAUCGCUUGAUCCAGAUGGUGGUAGUAAUGAACUUCCCCUACUGUGGCUUGAGGGAAGUGAAUCAUUUCUUCUGUGAAAUGCUAUCCCUGUUGAAGCUGGUCUGUGUAGACACAUCCCUGUUUGAGAAGGUGAUAUUUGCUUGCUGUGUCUUCAUGCUUCUCUCCCCAUUCUCCGUCUCAAUCGCGGCCUCCUAUGCUUACAUUCUAGGGACUGUGCUGCAAAUGCACUCUUCUCAGGCCUGGAAAAAGGCUCUGGCCCCCUGCUCCUCCCAUCUGACAGCUGUCAUCCUCUUCUAUGGAGCAGUCAUGUUCAUCUACCUGAGGCCUAGGCACUAUCGGGCUCCCAGGAGGUGGCAUCUGGAGCUGGAUAAGGGCCGCUGCAGCGACAGUACCACCGCCACCCCUGGCAGACAAGAGGUCCAGCAGAAAGGGGCAGUUCCCACUCCUGCAAUGGAGAAAGUCACUGCCUUGUGCCCAAGUGCAUGUGGCAGGUUGCCAUUGAGCCUUUUCGAGACGUGCAGGGAGCCCCUGGCUUCGGGCCAGCCACUGAGGCACCAGGUCCUCUCCCUGGGCGAGCUGCCAUGCCCGGUUAGCCCUCGAGCUGCCCCUUUGACACCUCCAAGGUCCGAGGCCCCUCUGCAUCGCACAGUGCCGUCCACCUUUGCCCUCCUGUGUGGCUUCACUCUUCCCUCAUUCCUCACCCCCAACUGUUCCCUCUGGGAAGUAUAA